UCGGUCUCUCAGGAUAUUUUUUACAGGAAGGAGAGAGAGGAGGCCGGAGCGGCUGAAUUAACGAGAAUUUGUUCAGAAGACAAAACUGGAUGGUCCUUGUAUAAGAGAAGAUUCAAUGAUGGAGACUGCCCAUGUUAAACAGGAGAGUCCUGUACUAGAAUCAGUCCAUGUUAAAGAGGAGAGUCCUGUACUAGAAUCAGUCAAUUUUAAAGAGGAGAGUCCAGUACUAGAAUCAGUCCAUAUUAAACAGGAGAGUCUUGUACUAGAAUCAGUCCACAUUAAAGAGGAGAGUCCUGAACUAGAAUCAGUCCAUAUUAAAGAGGAGAAUCCUGAACUAGAAUCAGUCCAUAUUAAGGAGGAGAGUCCUGCAAUAGAAUCAGUUCAUAUUAAAGAGGAGAGUCCUGCACUGGAAUCAGUCCAUAUUAAAGAGAGCCCUGUACUAGAAUCAGUCCAUAUUAAAGAGGAGAGUCCUGUACUAGAAUCAGUCCAUAUUAAAGAGGAGAGUCCUGUACUAGAAUCAGUCCAUAUUAAGGAGGAGAGUCCUGCAAUAGAAUUAGUUCAUAUUAAAGAGGAGAGUCCUGCACUAGAAUCAGUCCAUAUUAAAGAGGAGAGCCCUGUACUAGAAUCAGUCCAUAUUAAACAGGAGAGUCCUGUACUAGAAUCAGUCCAUAUUAAAGAGGAGAGCCCUGUACUAGAAUCAGUCCAUAUUAAAGAGGAGAGUCCUGAACUAGAAUCAGUCCAUAUUAAAGAGGAGAGUUCUGUACUAGAAUCAGUCCAUAUUAAAAGGGUUAUUCUCAAUUCUAAACCCUUAAACAGCUUGCAGGGCUCUCUUAGCUGUGUUGACUGUGGGAAGAGGUUCAGUCUGUCAAGCGCUUUGAAAAGACACCAGAAAAUCCACACAGGAGAGAAGCCACAUCACUGUAAUGACUGUGGGAAGAGUUUCAGACGGUCAAGUAGCUUUCACAUACACCAGCGAAUCCACAGUGGAGAGAGGCCAUAUACCUGUGCUGACUGUGGGAAGAGUUUCAUACACUCACAAAGCCUGAAACUUCACCAACAUAUCCACAGUGGCGAUAAGCCACAUGUCUGUGCUGACUGUGGGAAGAGUUUCAGUCAGUCAAGCGCUUUGAAAAGACACCAGCGAAUCCACACAGGAGAGAAACCAUAUGUCUGUGCUGACUGUGGGAUGAGUUUCAAUCAGUCAGCCUGUUUGACAAAACACCAGCGAAUUCACAUUGGAGAGAAACCAUAUGUCUGUGCAGACUGUGGGAAGAGUUUCAAUCUUUCAAGCACAUUGAAAAGACACCAGCGAAUCCACACUGGAGAGAAACCAUAUGUCUGUGCUGACUGUGGGAUGAGUUUCAAUCAGUCAGGCUAUUUGACAAAACACCGGCGAACUCACAGAGGAGAGAAACCAUAUGUCUGUGCUGACUGUGGGAAGAGUUUCAGUCAGUCAGGCUAUUUGACAAAACACCGGCGAACCCACAGAGGAGAGAAACCAUAUGUCUGUGCUGAGUGUGGUAGAAGUUUCACUCAGUUACACACCCUGAAACUUCACCAGCGAAUCCACACAGGAGAGAAACCACAUGUCUGUGCUGACUGUGGGAAGAGUUUCAAUCAGUUAAGUAUAUUGAAAAGACACCAGCGAACCCACACAGGAGAGAAACCAUAUGUCUGUGCUGAGUGUGGGAAGAGUUACAGAGAUUCACAAAACCUGAAACUUCACCAGAGAAUUCACACGUGAAAAGAAUUGCAUCCAUGUAGCAGAUGUGGGAAGAGUUUCAGUCAGUUAGCAUAUCUUAAAACCCACCAGUUAAUUCACACAGGAGAGAAGCCACAUCGCUGUAAUGACUGUGGGAAGAGUUUCAGACAGUCAAGCAACUUAAAAAUGCACCAACGAAUCCACACUGGAGAGAAACAACAUGUCUGUGCUGAUUGUGGGAAGAGUUUCAGGAUGUUACAAACCAUGAAACUUCACUGGCAAAUCCACACAGGAGAGAAACCUCAUCACUGUAAUGAUUGUGGGAAGAGUUUCAGAUGGAUGUACAGCUUGACAAUGCACCAGCUAUUCCACACAGGAGAGAAUCCUUAUCACUGCUCUCGCUGUAGGAAGUCUUUUAAUGCUUCCAGUUCUCUUAAAAGACACAAAUGCACGUUGUUAAAAUUUAGGCAGAAUGUGAGUGUGUGUUCAUUCAUCCACACUCAGAAAUUCCAGUCUUUUUAAACAGAAGCUUAAUAUAAAAACUGUGAGAACUCUGGUGAAUGUCUACAGAUGAUACAGAUCCCUCAAUAUUAAACACUGCUCUGAAGCCUUUACAUUAUAAAGUACAUUCUUAGUAUGGUGAAUGUUUACAGAUGAUACAGAUUUAUUGAUAUUAAACAGUUAUCUGAAGCCGUUACAUUAUAAAGUUCAUUCCUAGUUUGCAAUUCGUCGAAUAUACAGACGCCUCAGAGCGUUGUGUGAUACGAGGUGAAGUCGAGUGCCUCCAACCCCUGAGAAGUCUGUAUAUUCAACGUAUAUGGUGUGGGAGAAAUUCAUAGUUGUAAUUGAAUUGUCUUUGUAAAAUGACAUUUCAAAUCUUAAACUGUGAGGCUUAAGAUGCUGUGAUGUUAUUAGUAACAGAGGGUCGUAAAGAUUUAAAUUGGUUUCAGUUCAGAUUACCUGCCAGUCUGGUCUAAACAAACAGAGCUGAUUCUUAUCUGUUAAUUAAGAAAGUCUGUCUGAAAGCUAGGAUACAACUUUCUUGCUAUAAAGGGUUAAGAAGUGCGACACCUGGUGGAUACGAGGUGCCAUGACUUUACCCAUUAUAUGGAUUGUUACGGUGAAACAUGGAAUGUUUAAGUGAAUAGAAAUUCCUAAUUAUCUCAUUCUAAAAGUUAAUUGAUAAACAGGCCUUCACGAGGGUGUAAUAUUAACUUGUGGAACAAUCUCAGGGUUUUAGAUUUACUGAAACUAUCAGAUUGAAACGUAACAAAUAAGUAAUAACAUACCUGAUUUAAAUGGGUUUCUGAAUCAUUUUAAUAACAAAUGUUGUGGUUUCCUAAUAUAUUAAAAUGUUUAUUGUGUUUUAAUGAAGUUUAAAUUGAAAGUAAUUCUUACAUUAUUUUACUUUACUUAUUGUAUAACAUGUUUAACAUCAGUAUCCUUCUAUGAUCAAUUUAACUAGCUGUCACAAAAUGAAGUUUUGUUCUAUAAAUGUUACGAAUCCUGUUCUCUCUCUCUCUCUCUCUCUCUAUCUCUCUCUUUCUCUCCAUGGAGGAGGGUUGCUCCCUGUGUUCAUUCAAACUUUGUAGGCCAAUGAAAGGACUGAUUUCGGUCAGGGAUUAGCUUCCUGUUUUACCCGGAAGUGAUUGGAUCUCCAAAGUAUACUCCUCUUUGGGCUCUAUAUUUAAAUCAAAACAUGCAUGAACUCGUUCUCUUGGAUUCAGACUCAUUUUGCCAUGAAGUAACCAUUGAGCCUUCGCUUGCAAUGGGGACCCAUUCAAGCAUCGUACAUAUCUUCAUCCUGAAGAAGACUCCUCACCGCUACACCCUUUGUUUUUCAACAAGAACCACAUCUCCAGAAUAAGUACUACAUUUGAAAGACAUUAAGAUUCAGUAAAAUACUAUGUUUGUGUAGAAAAGUCUACAUGCAAACCACAAGUAAAAACAUUGAAUACAGAAUAACACUUUGUGAGAUUAAACAUUGAUUGAGUUGAUCUACAAGUUCUGAAGUAACUCUAGAUUACAGCUUCAUACUAAAUGCAAUUGAAACUGCUUCCGAACUGAACUUGUUGAAACAAAAAUGGCGUCUUCAUUCGAACCCACACAACAGACGCUGCUUCUCCCCGUCACUGUGUGUAAUGUGCGUGAAUCCUGCGUGUACGGAAACACACUGAAGACAGCGUGCUCAUGAAAAUAUGUGUUUCAAUGUUUUAUUCCUGCUAUACUUAUAAUUCUGAUACCUUGAUUUCUAACUUCUGUAUUAUAACUUUUAUAUUCUUAUUACUUUUGUGAGUCUUAAUAAAUGUAAUCAUUUUUA